UGUUCUUAAUUUGAAAUGAUUAUUGGAAUUGAUUGAAAUCCGAUCCCACCUCAUUUUCGUGGUUUUCACUCUAUUGGAGCUGAGUGGAGAAUUAGAAUUCUGUAGUAAAUGUUAAAAAUAAAAUGUGAUUGCAAAUUAAUCGAUCAAUAAUUCAAAUUCUUUGAAUAAAACAUAGGACAAAUGUCCAAAACUGUUCUAAAAAAAUCCAUAUGUUAUCUAUUGUACAGUGCUAACAUUAUAAAAAAGAGCUUUUUUAUUUAUAAUAUAAAUAAAUCAGCACUGAAGUUUUCUUUUAACUAAAAUGGAAGAAAAGCCAGAUUAUUCUGAAGAAAAUAUUAUUUCAGCUCAGGAUACAAAGGAAUCAGAUACAAAGUCUGAAUAUUCGAAGCAAAUAUCAGCAAAAUCGUUAGCGUCCAACGAUGUGAAACAGUUGAAAAAGAAGAAAAAGCCCUAUCCGAUUCAGUUACUCAAGGAUUAUCAAAUCGAGGAUUUAAAAAAAGCUUUUGUCGUUUUUGACGUGAAAAAUGAAGGUCGAAUGUCUGUGAGGGAUUUGAAGACGGCGAUCCGUGCUUGCGGAUUCGAACCAAAGAAAGAUGAAAUGAGGAAAUUUCUCUCCGAGUUUGACCCUAAUGACGAAGGGUAUAUAUCUCUCUCCGAUUUCAUAACGAUGUUCACAAUGAAGCUGGCUGAAAGGGACCCAAAAGAGGAGAUGCUCAGAGCGUUCAAGUUCUUCGACAGGGAGAACAAAGGCGGCAUAAGCUUCGAAGAUCUCAAAAACUGCGCCUUCGAAGUAGGAGAAAUGUUACACGAUGAAGAACUCCAGGAGAUGAUGGACGAAGCCGACAUCAAUGGUGACGGUUUAGUGGAUCAGGACGAGUUUGUCAAGAUUAUGACAAAAACUUAUUUUUACACUUAAACAAUGUUUACAUUUUUAUUUUUAAAUAUUCAAGUGUAGUGCACUGUAA